UCAAAUGCGAACGAAAUUGGGUGAUAUCGUUGAACACAGUUCGACGGCCAUAAAUGAGGCGACCGAGGUCACAAAAGGAUUGCGGAAUGUGGUUGGAUGGUUAAAACAGGCUUCCAUAGAGGUUCGCGAAGCUGGCAAACGGGCCGUAACACAAAUCCAAAGUUCCAAUCCGAAUUUCCUCUCCAACGAAUUUGAUUUGGACGAUCCCGAACUAUUAUCUCCGACAGCAACCACAGCCUGUGGUGGUGGUCCUGGUGCGGUAACAGACGAGGCCAAAUACGACACCAAAUCUCUAUCAAAUCAAGAUUUAUCACGCAGUUCAAGACCUUCACUGAGUCAGCCGCAAAGUCCACGGGCCCGUAGUCGUGUUGACAACUUUACAGCUGGCUAUCAUCGUUCCACAUCGAUUAUCACGCAAUUGGAAAAAUCGAAAAACCUCUUGAAAAUGUCCUCAGAUCAGGAAAAUAAACCCUUGACCAUACUGCACUAUAACGAUGUCUAUAAUGUGGAUCCGACAACAGAAGUAGAGCCCAUUGGUGGAGCGACACGAUUUUGUACAGCCGUCAGGACAUUUGAUGUUGAUAAUCCUUUGGUUUUAUUUAGUGGUGAUAUUUUUUCGCCCAGCAUGUUAAGUACCUUUACCCAGGGUGAACAAAUGGUGCCGGUACUCAAUAAAAUUGGAACACAUUGUGCGGUGUUUGGAAAUCAUGAUUUUGACCAUGGCUUAGAUGUCCUUGUGGAACUCAUCAAAAAGACCAACUUCCCCUGGCUGAUGUCCAAUGUGGUGGACAAUGAAACCGGACGGCCGUUGGGUGGUGGAAAAAUUUCCCAUUACAUAUUUCACAAUCAAAUAUCGAUUGGCCUAAUCGGUUUGGUGGAGAAGGAAUGGCUUGAAACCCUGCCCACCAUCGAUCCGAAAGAGGUGACCUACAUUGAUUAUGUUCAGGCGGGAAAUAAACUGGCCGAGGAACUGCGUAACGAAGGCUGUGAAUUAAUUAUUGCUCUGACGCAUAUGCGUACGCCUAAUGACAUUAAUUUAGCCGAACAUUGCCCAGGCAUUGAUCUCAUUCUGGGUGGUCAUGAUCAUGUCUAUGAGAUAAAGGAGGUCAAUGGCAUUAAAAUCAUUAAAUCCGGUACAGAUUUUCGGCAAUUCUCAAAAAUUACCAUACACAAGGAAAGGGAUGAAAAUGGAAAGUUGAAAAUUGAUGUGGAGGCGGUAGAUGUUACGGCCAAAUACCCCGAGGAUGAAGAGUUGAAAAAGGAAUUGGCCACGUACUCCGAAGUAAUAGAGGCUAAAAUGACUGAAGUUUUGGGUAACUUUAGUGUGGAACUGGAUGGCCGGUUUUCAGCCAUACGUACUCAGGAAACGAAUUUGGGUGAUUGGGUGUGUGAUGUGGCACUGGCAGCAACGGGAGCGGAUGUGGCUCUCAUUAAUUCGGGUACAUUUCGUUCGGAUCAAAUACAUCCGCCCGGGCCAUUUACUAUGAGAGAUUUGGUCAACAUUAUACCCAUGAGAGAUCCUUUGAUUUUGUUGGAAAUUACCGGUAAAUGCCUAUAUGAGGCAUUGGAAAAUUCCGUAUCCGGUUAUCCGAAAUUAGAGGGUCGAUUUCCUCAGGUAUCUGGUGUAACCUUCGCCUUUGAUCCCUCCAAACCACCAGGCAAACGCAUCGAUCCCCAGCUGGUGCAAGUGGGUGAUGAAUAUUUAAAUAUGGAACAAAAAUAUAAAAUCUGUAUUAAAAGUUACAUUUACAAUGGCUGUGAUGGUUUUACUAUGUUUAAGGACGCUAAAGUAUUGAUGGAUGAUGAUUCCUGCCCCGAACUGGGCCUAACCGUACAAAAUCACUUUAAAGCAAUAAAUUUACGCACCGGCAAGGGUGGCCACCACACCAAACAUCGACAAUCAUUGGUAACGCUGUCCCGCCGCCACAGUAUGGUACAAAUGUUGGAUAAUCUCGAACUGGACGGUCCAUCGCCGAUACGAAAAUUGUCGGGCCACCAAACAAAAUCAAUAGACUUAUCGAAUACGAAUUGCUCAAAGAUGUUACGUCGUGCUUCCCUCGAUGACUUGGAACAGGCCAGCUGCCAAUUGGCCCCAAAAAUCCAACAUAGAAUAAUACGCAUACAAAAUGAAGACCACUAUAACCAACUGCUUAUGAAAAAGGAGACUUCCAUAAAAAACACAACAAUUACCGAGGCCGAAGAUGAAUAAUUUGACC